AUGAUCUCGUCGGCGAGGACAGGCGCCUCGCUUAUUCUGCGAGCGCGCCCGGCGACCCAACUUAUCCCCCUCCGCGCCGCCGCCGCCGCCCACCUCUCUUCCUCCGCUCGCACCCAGGCUGCUGCCACCUCCUCGUCGACCGCCGUCGAGCCCUACCCCGGCUAUGAACUACGCAAGUCGCUGCGCAAGGAGGUGCCCCUGCCCAGCCAGGAGGGAACCAAGGGCCUGGUGCAGUAUGCCCUGACCACACUCGAUAUCAUAACCAACUGGGCGCGUCAAGGCUCCUUCUGGCCCAUGACCUUCGGUCUGGCUUGCUGCGCCGUGGAAAUGAUGCACCUCUCCACCCCGCGCUACGACCAAGACCGUCUCGGCAUCAUUUUCCGUGCCUCGCCCCGCCAGUCCGACGUGAUGAUUGUGGCCGGCACGCUGACCAACAAGAUGGCGCCCGCGCUGCGCCAGGUGUACGACCAGAUGCCUGACCCGCGCUGGGUGAUCUCCAUGGGUUCGUGCGCCAACGGCGGUGGAUACUACCACUACAGCUACAGCGUGGUGAGAGGUUGCGACAGGAUCGUGCCGGUCGAUGUGUAUGUUCCCGGCUGCCCGCCGACGAGCGAGGCGUUGAUGUACGGGAUCUUCCAGCUGCAGAGGAAGAUGAGAAAUACCAAGAUUACGAGGAUGUGGUAUAGGAAGUAA